CAUCACACGAAAGCUUGCACUGUACCAUGAUGUCCGAUAUCAAAGAGCCUCAGACUACGGUGCCUUCUUGGUUCGAACAAAACCCUUCACACGACCAUGUACCUCCCGAGACCCAGCGGCUUCUCGAAACGUGGAGUGGAAUCCCAUCAGAUGACGUACUCGACCAUGUUAUCAGACUUCGUGAUGAAGCCUGGAAGGUCCAUCCCUAUCCUUGCAUAGGACAUUUUCGAUUUCUCGAACCGAGUUUCUCUGAGCUACCGGACGAGCACAAAGAGAUUGUUGCACGCCUACACAAAGGUCAGAAGCUGCUAGACAUGGCUUGCUGCUUUGGCCAGACGAUUCGUACGCUUGCGGCCGACGGCGCACCGACUGAGAACUUAUACGGUUGCGACCUACAACCUGACUUUAUCGACUUGGGCUAUGAGUUGUUCCGGGAUCGGGAGAAGCUCAAGACAAGAUUCUUGAUAGCUGACAUUUUCGAUGCUCAGUCAGCGCUCACGGACAUCGGAGGACAGAUCGACAUGGUAUUUGCUGGAUCUUUCUUUCACCUGUGGGGAUACGAGAAGCAAGUCGAAGUCUCCAAAGCCGUUGUCGCGUUGCUACGACCCCAGCCGGGUUCGAUGAUACUUGGGCGGCAGGUUGGGGCCACCGAGCCCCUCGAGAAGGACGGCCCUACCGGCACGAUGUAUCAACAUAACGUGGAAAGCUUCAAGAAGAUGUGGAAUGAGAUAGGAAAUGAUCUCGGCAUAAGCUUUACUGUUGACGCUAAGCUCAAGCCGCUCGGUACGGACCAUCAAAAUUUUCAUCUGGACAAUACUACAAAGCGGCUGUGGUUUAUCGUUCGCCGUGGAUAGCGUACUUCACCAUUUUCCCGUUCAUGGAAGCAAUUAAACCCCUACUACAAGUAAAUAACCUAGAGGUCUACAUUGCCUUACCGUUUUACAAACUUUCUGUUUUCUGCUGAUGUAGACUACAUCGCACUUGUUCGUUCUCUUCCUUGCAUACGGUGAUUGCCUUCAUGCAUGUGCACGGGAAACACUGAAGCCGAAGUUUCCUGAACCUUUCUGUAUAACGUGUAGUUGUUACGUCCGUGUCGGUCCGGACCUGAUCAGGCAUAGACUUGAGUUAUUUGAAGCGCCUGGCCCACGUCUGCUCGUGCAAAGCAGUGCAGAUAGCUUGGCUUUAGGAAGCCAGAUCAGAUCCGUAC